UAAUGAAAAUUAUUUUUGAAUUAAAAUAAUUCAAUUUAUCCUUCAAGAAAUCAGAUUUGUUUACAUUAGCGGUUGCUAUACAAUCGGAUUAAUUCUAACCUUAUUGUGUUAGGUGUAGAAUACUACUGGUUACUGUUGUUCAAGUUAAUUUUAUAUAGCGUAAACAGGUACCAGAUAAUUGGCUAUAAAAGCACGAAAUGCCCGUGCAAUUUCCUCUUUCGCCUUUACACACGGUUCACUAUACAAGUAAAAUAAGAUAAUGCCACGUGGUCGUGGAUGCCGAAGAAGAGUACCGUCUCAACAUAGCCAUAACUUGAGACAUAGGCAGCUCAAUGAUGUUCAGUCUGCAAGGCAAACUCGCAGUCCAGCGGCUAGAAAUACCAGGGGCGCACAACCCGACGCUGAAUUCUCGAGAGGGGAUGAAAUUCCACCCCAUCGGAGGUCAGCGAGGGGGGAACAGACAUGCACAAAUGGGCAGCCGGCGCAGUCCAGAGGCAGUAAACGGUCGAUUGACGAGCUGGGUGAGGCAGAGAACAGGCUCCUGCAAGGAGAUGCUGAUGUGUGGGUUUUGGGAGAUUCAAUCCCGUUUUGGGCUGGAAAGAGAGCACAAGAUACUGGCAAGGAGAAUCUGCGGUUGAGGUGCAACAUUGCUUGGUGGGGUGAACGAGGCCUGCGUUGGACUCGUUUCCGGAGGUCAGUUGAAGCUCAAGUUCUAUUAUCGACACCUCCAUCAGUUAUUAUUAUCAACUUAGGCGGAAAUGAUCUUGUGAGCUUACCCCUUGUUACUUUAAAAGAAUUAAUCAAAUCAGAGAUAAACUACCUUCGUGAAGCUUUACCUGAUGCUAUUAUUAUAUGGUUUGACAUUAUUCAAAGGCAAACUUGGUCGGGUGCAACUUCUGGGUGGGUUGCCAUGGAGAAAAAACGUAAGCGUAUAAAUGGGAUUGGCCGUUAUUUUGUCGGUUCAUCUGGUAAAAGUGACGUAAUUAAAACUGAUAUUGACGCUAAAACUGGUUUUUUCCGACCGGAUGGAGUUCAUUUAAAUGACGUUGGCCUUGAAUUUUAUCUUGAUUACCUCAGGGAUGCUUUAAUUAGAAAUAAUAUCUUGUGUCGAUAGAAGUUUGGGGGAUAAAUUUUCUAAAAUUUAUUUGUGGCCUGAAAAUUCUAUCGACUGUUGGGCAGGCAGGCGUGCUCGUCUUAAUGGGGCAGGUUGGUUUGAUUCACGCGUCAUGUUUAUUCCAGACGGUGAAUCAGAUCUUCAAGUCGGGAUCAUUUACGGUAAUCUUGGACCGAUUGUGAUGGCCUAAUUGGUGGACAACUGUAUGAUAAUUUUUGUUCGUUGCUAUACUUUAAGCGUAUUAAACAAUGGUGCAUGUACCACGCCUGCUUGCCCUUCGGUCGAACACAAUUCUGAGCGGCCAAAAUUAUUCCAUAAUAUUUUAAUAGAAUCAUUUUUUAUCAAAUUUGGAGUAAGGUAUUGAAAGCUCAAUCGUUAUACAUGUAUAUGAUAUUGCUAUACAUAUGUAUGAAAUAAAUACAAUUGAAGUAUAAUUGCACAGUUAGUUAUUUCAUUUUAUUUCGAGUAUUUGGAUAAUGAAAAUUAUUUUUGAAUUAAAAUAAUUCAAUUUAUCCUUCAAGAAAUCAGAUUUGUUUACAUUAGCGGUUGCUAUACAAUCGGAUUAAUUCUAACCUUAUUGUGUUAGGUGUAGAAUACUACUGGUUACCGUUGUACAAGUUAAUUUUAUAUAGCGUAAACAGGUACCAGAUAAUUGGCUAUAAAAGCACGAAAUGCCCGUGCAAUUUCCUCUUUCGCCUUUACACACGGUUCACUAUACAAGUAAAAUAACCCGCCCGCCACACCCUAUUUCUGUACUUAAUGAAGUUUCCUGUUCAUAAUAAUAAUAAAAUGUUUAAGACUUGAACCAUCAUUAUUGUUUGUCAACUGUUUUUUAUGAUCAAAGAUACUGCCGCUUGUUAUUUGUAUAUUGCAGACAUUUGAAAUUCAGUUGCUUAUGUUGGAUGUGAUGUUUAACCUGGAACUCCACAAGAUGUUCUCAUAGCGUAACAGAUUGAGCGCACAUCAUCGCCAAAUAAGGACCAGUAAUUUGUGUUCAUAAUGUGGUCAGCGUCAACAUAGUUAUAGUGUGAAGUGACUGGUGCCGAAAAGCUUGUUUUACGCACAUUUUAAUUCAUUGUGGAGAUUGGUUAAACCCAUUUGUGUUUUUCAGUGUUACUUGUUUAUUUCAAAAGUUAUGACUUUAAACAAUGGUAUAUAUGAACCUGUUUUUUAUUUUAAAUAUGAUUUAUUUCAAGCAUGUCUGUUAAUUUUGUGCCAACAGAAUUUCAUUGGUUACUUAAUGAACUCGUCGCUCUUUAAGAUCGUUUUGACCGAGGGGCGAUCUGUAACGGUGGUUUUAACUUUGGUAUUUUUUGCCUAGCGUAAAUUAUAAAAUCAAAUACUAGUAAUUUAUGUUCACCAAAUACUAGUAUAUUAUGUUCACCGUCAUACAGUUGUCUAUGCUGCUAGUCUAAAAAAUACAAGUUGAAGAGCUGUAUAUGUAGUAGUGUUAUUCAGCGCUAGCGUACUUAAAGGAUUUGCUCGUGCAAAAUGUACUAUGCAGUACUUGGCGAAUCCUGCUUGCUUGGACUGAGUUUGGCUUACCGUGUGUUGUUUGGUGGUUGUCAGUUUUAUUCAUGCGUCAUGUUAUCCCAGGCGAUGAUUUGAACUAUCAACCUCUGAUCAUUUACGGCACAGUGUACGGACUGUAGAAGCGAUCCCAUGCGUCUUGGUUCGCUGCUAUGCUAUGUUGUUCUUGGCUAUAUGUAAAGCUACGCUAUGUUUAUACCAAAGUGUUUGGUACAGUAUAUAUUGUGUUUCGGUAUAGUAGUUGAAUAGUUGGUUUGGUUCAAGUGUUAUGAUUUUUCCAGGCAUUGAAACAAACUAACAUUUCUUCCGGUCUCUGGCAGUUUAAUUUAUGGGAAGGCUUACAAUUAUUUUUGGCUUUGUCGUACAAUGAUUGGGCAGGUUGGUUUGAUUCACGCGUCAUGUUUAUUCCAGACGGUGAAUCAGAUCUUCAAGUCGGGAUCAUUUACGGUAAUCUUGGACCGAUUGUGAUGGCCUAAUUGGUGGACAACUGUAUGAUAAUUUUUGUUCGUUGCUAUACUUUAAGCGUAUUAAACAAUGGUGCAUGUACCACGCCUGCUUGCCCUUCGGUCGAACACAAUUCUGAGCGGCCAAAAUUAUUCCAUAAUAUUUUAAUAGAAUCAUUUUUUAUCAAAUUUGGAGUAAGGUAUUGAAAGCUCAAUCGUUAUACAUGUAUAUGAUAUUGCUAUACAUAUGUAUGAAAUAAAUACAAUUGAAGUAUAAUUGCACAGUUAGUUAUUUCAUUUUAUUUCGAGUAUUUG